AGGUGAUAAACAUGGAGGUGCGUAAUGCGACGCAAACAGAUGAAUAUGAUUAUUAUGACCCAAAAGACUACACUGAAGGUUAUCCUGAUGAAAGCGGAACAGCAUAUAUCUGUAACCUGAAUCUCAACCGUGAUAUGGAGAUAGUCAUACAGACCUACGUCCAUUCCUUCAUCUGUGCAUUCGGUCUCUGUGGCAAUGCGUUGGUGAUUGUCACAUAUGCCUUCUACAAGAAAGCCAAGACCAUGACGGACGUGUACCUUCUGAACGUGGCUGUGGCAGAUCUUCUGUUCAUCGUGACCCUGCCACUCAUCAUCUACAAUGAGAAGCAUGACUGGAGCAUGGGCUCAGUGGUCUGCAAGCCGUGUAGCCACCGCUCCAUGCUGUCUGGCCUCAAUGGUUGA